CAUCACUGAAGUGGAUGUGGCUGCCGCCAUUCGCUGAUGCGCGGGGUUCCGAGAUUCAUUCCUUUCCUUGCCUGACUCUUGGCAUGUUGUUUUAAAACCGUUGGGACUGCACCGCCUUCGUUCAUUUUUCGAAGUCAAUGCCAGUGCACGAACCCAAAAUGCAGACGGAGGAGCGUCUGCCGUUGAAGAACCAGUCUGAACUCGAGGCUCUCAUUCCUGUGAUCAAUAAGCUUCAGGAUGUCUUCAAUACAGUGGGUGCAGAUGCGAUCCAGUUACCUCAAAUCGUCGUAAUUGGAACUCAGAGCUCUGGGAAAAGCUCGGUCCUGGAGAGCAUAGUUGGAUGUUCCUUUCUGCCAAGAGGUGUUGGGAUUGUGACUCGGCGACCUCUCGUCCUUCAACUCACUCAUGUUCAGAAGGACGGUUCAGAGCAUCGAUCCCUUGAAGAUGGUACCAUGCACAUGGAAGAAUGGGCCAAAUUCUUGCACACCAAGAAGAUAUUCACAUCCUACCAGGAAAUUCUGGAAGAGAUAGAACGAGAGACAGAAAAGGUGGCAGGAACAAACAAGGGGAUCAGUGAAGAGCCCAUCAGUCUCAAGAUCUUUUCUCCUCGAGUCAUUAACCUCACUGUUGUUGAUCUCCCUGGUAUUACUAAGGUCCCUGUUGGUGACCAACCUGAGGAUAUCGAAGUGAAGAUAGCAAAGUUGGUUCGACACUAUAUCAGGAACCCAAAUUCCCUGAUCUUAGCGGUAACUCCAGCCAACAUAGACAUAGCUACAAGUGAAAGUCUGAAAUUGGCCAAGGAGGUUGAUCCAGAAGGACGACGAACACUUGCUGUCAUCACCAAGCUGGACAUAAUGGAUGCUGGAACGGAUGCCUUGGACAUCCUUUGUGGUCGAGUGAUCCCAGUGAAACUUGGAAUCAUUGGAGUUGUCAAUCGAUCUCAGCAAGAUAUCAACAACAAGAAAGGUAUUGAGCAGCAGUUGAAAGAUGAAGCAGCAUUCCUCCAGAGGAAAUACCCCUCACUUGCUGCCCGUAAUGGCACUGCUUACCUGACCAAGACUCUCAACCGUCUUCUCAUGUAUCACAUCAAAGACUGUCUCCCUGAGCUUAAGACUCGUGUGAACGUCAUGUCAGCACAAUUCCAAACACUCCUGGCAUCAUUUGGAGAGGAUGUAUCUGAUAAGCCAACUACUCUUCUCCAGAUCAUCACCAAAUUUGCAGCUGCUUAUUGCAAUACCAUUGAUGGGACUUCUAGACACAUUGAGACAAAUGAACUUUGUGGUGGUGCAAGAAUCUGCUAUAUAUUCCAUGAGACAUUUGGAAGGACACUGAGCUCCAUUCAUCCAUUAACUGGUCUGACAAGUAUGGAUAUACUCACUGCAAUCCGCAAUGCCAUGGGCACUCGGCCUCCCCUCUUUGUCCCGGAAGUGUCAUUUGAGUUGCUUGUGAAGCGUCAGAUACGUCGACUGGAAGAACCAUCUCUGCGUUGUGUUGAACUUGUCCACGAGGAGAUGCAACGCAUGGUCCAACACUGUGGCACUGAAGUCCAGACAGACCUCCUUCGCUUCCCCAAACUCCAUGAACGUAUUGUCGAUGUCAUGACUCACCUGCUUCGUCGCAGACUCCCACCAACCAAUGAGAUGGUUGAGAACCUUGUUAGCAUUGAGUUGGCAUACAUCAAUACCAAGCAUCCUGACUUCCAUGAGGAUGCUGCUCUUGUGAGUUCCCUUGGAAAAUCAGCUGAAGAGGAAUUCCAAAAGAGGCUCGCUGCUGCCAGUCUCACAGCUGACAAGGACCACCCAAGGAAUCACAAAAUGAGCCAUGCCAGUAGUGAAGAAAGCAUUGAGAGUUCACAGAGCGAACGUGUACUGUCAGAUGGACAAGUGGGGAAUCCAGGAAACCGUGAGGCUGGAGGAGGAUGGCUGUCAGGGCUCAUCCCAGGUUCGAAGGGAAAUGAAGCAUCCAGCAAGGUGCAGAGAGAAGCUGAGGUCCGAAAAGACACCAGCAGCAAGAGGGAAGCAACAGUAAACCUCCUUCCUGACAUGCCCUCUUCAAUGCGAAAGCUUUCCGAGAAGGAAAACAGGGACUGUCGCGUUAUUGAGAGGCUGAUCAAAGCAUACUUCUACAUUGUGAGGAAAAGCAUUCAAGAUGCUGUUCCAAAAGCCAUCAUGCACUUCCUCGUCAACUACGUGAAGGACAAUCUCCAAUCGGAGUUAGUCUCUCAUCUUUAUAAAGCAGAACACAUUGAAGAGCUCCUGCAGGAGUCUGAACUCAUUGCACAGCGACGCAAAGAAGCUGCAGAAAUGCUCAAGGCUCUAAAUGAGGCAUCUCAGGUGAUUGGGGAGAUACGGGAGACACACAUGUGGUAGAAGUGAUUUUCUAGCGGACUGCUUGAGCUUCAGUUUGUAUCCCAAGAUUCUGUUCUGGGUUAGCUGCCAUGGACCAUCCAAAAUUAUUCAUAAUGCUAGUCACCUUAUUUGCCCAUUUCUAAAUUUGGCAUCUGGAU